UUCCUUCACAGAGCCGCACUUGGCAGUUAUUAUGAGUCAGUUCAGUCACGCAGCCCCAGCGCUUCGGACUGGAUGGAAAAUGUGGUUUCUAAACGUCUUUGCAGUUAUGUUCGCCCAAACCGUCAGCGCAGAUUCAGUAAGCGAAGCUCCAACAACAAUCAGAGCUCCAACAACUGUCUAUGUGCCUCCCGUACCAACUGUUCAGCUGAUGUCAGCUGAAUGGGAUGUCUUCCUGACUGAGAAAGUGGAGUUAAGUUGUAGUAUUGAGGGCAGCUCUGGCUGGAACUUUAAAUGGUUUAGAAAUGAACAGGAAUUACAAGAAGAUUCAGGUUUGCUCUUUAAAGGAGACGGCUCAGUGGUCAUGAUCACUGCAGAAGCUGAAACCCAGUCCGGGGCUUAUACCUGCAAAGGAGAGCAUCAGACAAAAGGUGUUUCCACUAAAAUCAGCAACAAAUUUAACAUCAAAGUUAACGACCCACCUAAACCCACUCUGAAACUGCUGACUCCCUGGUCAGAUGUGUUUGUAAAUGAGGCAGUUCACUUAAGUUGUGACAUCAACAAAUCUGGCUGGAUGGCCGUCUGGUACAGAGACAAUGUGAAUCUCGGUGGAAAUGGAAAAACUCUUGAGAUUACUUCAGCCAGCCAGUCCGAUCAAGGAGAGUAUUCCUGCAAAGCUAACCUUGCACCCAGAGGAGUCAGCUCUUCCCUCAGCAACACAGCCACUGUGAAAGUUCAUGCAUCGAAGCCCAAACCCAGGCUGAGUCGAGAUUCAAACUUUGAUGUGAUGUAUCCGGGGGAAUCAAUCACUUUCACAUGCAUGGUUGAUGUUUCUUCUGGAUGGGAAUAUGUGUGGUACCAGAAGAAAAAAGAAAUUUCAGGCAGUAAUACUUUUAGGAUACCCUCUCUGGGUCCUUCUGACAGUGGAGACUACCACUGCAAAGCCAAGAGAGGCCAAAACCCCUUCUACACCGAGGACAGUGAUGUUGCAUCUCUGCAGGUCUCUGACCCACCUACGCCCAUCCUGAAACACCUGACUCCCUGGUCAGAUGUGUUUGAAACUGAGGAGGUGAAGUUUAGCUGUGAAGUGAGCAGCUCUGGCUGGACGUUCACCUGGUACAAAGAUAAAGUGAAGCUGGAUGAUGAAAGAUCGCUGUUGAGCAUCGCUUCAGUCAGUCAGAGCCAUCAAGGAGAGUAUUCCUGCAAAGCUAACCUUGCACCCAGAGGAGUCAGCUCUGACUUCAGCAACACAAGCACUGUGAAGGUUUAUGCAUCGAAGCCCAAACCCAGGCUGAGUCGAGAUUCAAACUUUGAUGCGAUGUAUCCUGGGGAAUCAAUCACUUUCACAUGCAUGGUUGAUGUGUCUUCUGGAUGGGAAUAUGUGUGGUACCAGAAGAAAAAAGAAAUUUCAGGCAGUAAUACUUUUACGAUACCCUCUCUGGGUCCUUCUCACAGUGGAGACUACCACUGCAAAGCCAAGAGAGGUCAAAACCCCUUCUACACCGAGGACAGUGAUGUUGCAUCUCUGCAGGUCUCUGACCCACCUACGCCCAUCCUGAAACUGCUGACUCCCUGGUCAGAUGUGUUUGAAAAUGAGGAAGUGAAGUUUAGCUGUGAAGUGAGCAGCUCUGGCUGGACGUUCACCUGGUACAAAGAUGAAGUGAAGCUGGAUGAUGAAAGAUCGCUGUUGAGCAUCGCUUCAGUCAGUCAGAGCCAUCAAGGAGAGUAUUCCUGCAAAGCUAACCUUGCACCCAGAGGAGUCAGCUCUGACUUCAGCAACACAAGCACUGUGAAGGUUUAUGAAAAAGUACCCACUCCAACGCUCAAUAAGAAGCCUGAUUCUAACCCAAUGUACAUUGGAGAAGAAGUGCACUUCACUUGCAAAGUUGAUGUGUCCUCUGGAUGGAAUUAUCAGUGGUUCAAGAACGGAAAUAGCCUUGGUAAAUCUGGUGACGCAAUCAGCAUCAAGCUGGAUCUGCCUGAUGAAGGGAAAUAUUCUUGCAAAGCCAGCAGAGGUGUAAAAACCUCCACAGGACACAGUGAAGAAAAACAACAAGUGGUUGAAGAAAUUCCUGUUCCAUCUCUGAAGCCGGUGACCCAGUGGUUGGACGUGUUUCCCGGUGAGGCUGUGAAGUUGAGGUGUGAGAUGCAGCAAAAAAGAUCUGUAUGGACGUAUACCUGGUACAGGAAUGGAGAGGAGGUCCAGAGUUGCAAAGAAGUGACUAUUGACACAGAGGGGAUCAAUCUUUCCAUCCCCUCAGCCUCAUCUUCACUUGGGGGAGGUUACAGCUGCUCAGGCGAGCUGGAGGGCAGGUCUGUCAGGAGCAACUUGAGCUCCGUCGUCACGCUAGAUGUUUAUGAUGCAAAACCUAAAAUCACACUGGUGCAGAAUCCUGAGUACAGUUUGAUGCACACCGACGACUCGGUCUCCUUCAGUUGUGAAGUCAGUAACUCCUCUGGAUGGGACUACUUGUGGUACAAAGAUAGCAACCUGCUUGCCACAUCUGAAAACAGUCAUGUUCACAACAUCACUUCUGGGACGAAAGCGGACACUGGAUCAUAUGAAUGCCAGGUUAAAAGGGGAGUAAAGGAAGUCUACUUCUCAGACAAAAGUGAAGGUGCAAAAAUUGAGGUUCACGAGCGCCCGCAGGCUAGUAUAAUCCUGCAAACCGACUGGUCAGAGGUCUUCUCCACCGACAGCUUACUGCUGAAAUGUGAAGUUGUGGGAAGUAACGACAACUGGAAUUACACCUGGUUCAGGGAGGGAGAACAAGUCGAUCCAUCAUCAGAGAAGUCAGAAAAAUAUACAGUCACGCCGCAGAAUGACCCAGCCCAGAGCCACUACACCUGCAAGGGCAUCCGCAACGGCAGACCAUCGUAUUCCAGAAGCAGUGAUUCCUUCAAAACCAAGAACCUUCUCUUAAAAAGAAGGAUCCUUCUUUCCAUCUCUGGUUGCCUUUUCUUUGGCAUUAUCGCCGUCCUCCUCGGAUGCAUUUUCCUCAGAGUCUUCCGCAAACCAGCUUCUGAGGAUGAGAAGCCAGACGAGGACAACCUGUUUCUCACCAUGGCUCAGUUAAAAGACUUCACUGAUGCUCCCUGUCCCCUCGCUGCUUACAUCACUGAGAACGAUCUGAAUACGUCACCCAAAGAAGCUGACGACAACGGCACCAUCUGCAGUGAAACAACACCAUUACCAAUAACCUCACAGGAGGACCAGGCUGUGACGACUGGCAGCGAUGGUACGACUGAAAAUGGUGCUGGGAUGGUUUCCUUUCAUACAUGAGUCACCGAAGAUGCCACAAGCUCAUUUUAGUUGCUUUGGCCCAGGGAGGCCUUAAUGAUGACUGCACACCAAGGACCAUGUAUUUUUGGAUAAGAGAGACAACCUCACUGUGGCUGUGGCCCACAUUUAACAAGACUCAACUCGUCCUGCUCAGUUCUGAGUGGAGUCGUCCAUCACGGGCUGCGCAGACAAGCUGAAUAUUUUUGACCUGCCUGCAGUACGGGAAAAAAGUUUGAGCAAAUUUCUCAGGAAAUUAGGCAAAGUACCUCAGAUACAAAUAUUGUACUCAUGAACAAACAAGUUAACGUACUGAAUAAUUAUGUAUAGAUUUAUUCUGCAUAUUACAUGCUCAUUCACAACCUGUAACUGUUUUUUUAUCAACAUUAUUGUUAUAUUUAUCGCACACUGUUAAUGGUGAAACAUUAUUUAUGCAGCGGUCAUUGUUGCCUCGCGCUUUUUAUUUCACUUCUCUAAACAGACACCAGAUGUCAGCAGAGUUCACUUUCACAAAAAUUUAUCUAAUCCUAGAAACAUUUCAACAAUUGAUUUAGCAGCUUUGUUCGGCUACAAUGUUCAGUUGGAUCUUGUUUGAUAUAGUUAUUUUCAUAUUUUGUGCUUUUAUAUGUGAAUUCAUCAAAAUAAACAGUAUAAAAUGC